GACAACAUGGAAGCUGAUGAAAACCUGGCUGCUGCUGACAACGGUUCCCCAGCGAACAAAACUUCAGAUGAUAAAGAUGUGGACCUAGACAACGACCCCUUAGUAGUGAGAGCAAAGGAUUGUUUUCAGCAAGGUAACAAAGAAUACAGACAAGGAGAUUUUCAUAGAGCGCUACAACUGUACACUGAAGGACUUCAACUAAACUGCAAAGAUAAUCGGCUGACAGCCAGACUCUACAAUAACAGGGCAGCAGCUCAUUUCCGUUUAGAAAACUUUGAAAACAGCCUAGAUGAUGCCACAGUUGCUGUACAAUUGGAGCCAACUUUCAUCAAAGCCUUGGAGAAAGGAGCUGAAGCUUGUGUGCAGCUUAAGUUGUAUGAUGAAGCAAAGAUCUGGUGUCAUAAAGGAUUGGCCAUGGACGAUAAUAGUAAAAGGUUGCGUCAUCUAUUAAACAAGUGUGGUAGUGAGACAAUCGCAUCCGGCGAGAUAAAGCCACAGCAAGUAAAGGAAGUAGAAAUUGCCAAAGAUCUGGGAGACAAGACUGGAGAAGGAAGGAGUUAUGGCAACCUUGUGGGAGACAAGGAGAAGGACCAUAAACAACAUCUAGAAAUUGCCAAAGAAGUGGGAGACAAGGCUGGAGAAGGAGCGAGUUAUGGCAACCUUGGCAAUGCUUAUGAUGGUCUAGGACAGUUCAAAACAGCCAUCGAGUACCAUAGACGUCGUCUAGAAAUUGUUAAAGAAGUGGGAGACAAGGAUGGGAUUGCCCAGGCUCUUUGUAGUCUUGCUACAAAUUUUGAAAGGCAUGAAUGUCUCCAAACCGCCCUCGACUAUUAUAUUUCUAGUAGAGAGAUUUUUAAUAACGUUCGGGCUAGUUUUCUGUUGAACCAUAACUGGAAGAUUUCGUAUCGAAAUGUUCACAAAACAGCAUACAAUGGUGUUUGGCGCGUACUUUUACUGAAGGGCGAACAUGUCAAAGCUCUUCUUGCUGCCGAGGAGGGACGUGCACAAACUCUAGGAGAUAUCGUGGAUUUAAAGUACAACUUUCGACAAACCCUCACGCGGUGGAACUCUAGAAAAUGCUCUGAUUGUCUUUCAUUAAGAAACAUUUCAUCAGAUGCAGUUUUUCUAGCAAUUACUGGACCUUACAUUGCUUUGUGGGUUAUUCGGAACGGGGAAGUCGUUCAAUCGAGAAUAAAGCAUGUGAACAACUUUCUUUACCAACGUGAAUUAGAAGUUUACAUUACCUCUUUGAAUAAGGCUGCUUCCUUGCAAGUUAGUGCAAGGGCUGCUGUUGAAUGGGAAAAAAGUUCAACUCAAGUGGGCCGAGAUGAAAAAGGAACGAGCGAUGGUUCUCCGCGAAACGCGACGACAAAUGCCCUGCGGAAGCUUUAUGAUAUCAUAGUUGCUCCUAUCGCAGAUCUGAUUGAUGGAGAUGAGCUUGUAUUUGUUCCUGAAGGUCCACUUUGCUUGGUGCCCUAUGCAGCAUUGGUGGAUUCGAAUUCAAGGUAUCUGUGCGAAUCUUUCAGGAUUCGAGUAAUUCCAUCCCUAACCAUUUUAAAAUCAAUCUCAGACUGCCCGACAGAAUUGCACAAUAAAACCGGUGCACUGCUCGUGGGUGAUCCAUGUUACAAGCAAGUCCUUUAUCAGGGUAAUUUGUUGAAUCAGCUGCCGGGUGCAAGGAAAGAGGUGAAGAUGAUUGGAGGAAUCCUCGGUAUUGCUCCUCUCGUUGGAGGGGAGGCGACAAAGGAAGAGGUAUUAGGACAAAUUUCCUCAGUUGCGUUGGUUCACAUUGCAGCGCAUGGUAAAAAAGAAACAGGAGAGAUUCUCUUGGCACCAAACACGAGUAGGACAACCUGUCAAGCUGAAGAGGAAGACUAUCUACUGACAAUGAGAGACGUGUUACGAGCCGGGCUGCGAGCGAAACUGGUUGUGCUAAGUUGCUGUCACAGCGCUUGCGGUGAGGUUAUGGCCGAAGGUGUGGUUGGCAUUGCGCGAGCGUUCUUAGGUGCCGGUGCUCGAUCGGUUCUGGUAUCCCUGUGGGCCAUUGAUGACGAUGGUACUCAGGAGUUCAUGAAACAUUUCUACGGAGCACUGGAAGAAGGCAAGGGUACCAGUGAAGCUGUCAAUCAAGCCAUGAAGUGCAUGAGAGAGUCUGAAAUGUUCAGUAAAGGGAAUUACUGGGCGCCAUUUGUACUCAUUGGGGACGACGUGAAACUGGAAUUAACGGAAAUUUAAAAGGUAUCCAAAGUCAUCACUGAUGGAUCUGUAUGCAGACAAGAGUAGAGCCCAGGCGUUUGGUACUGACUAAUGCCAAUCAAAACCAACAGAGGCACGCGAUACAAAUUUAAUGUCACGCGGCGUUGAAUUGAACCAGUGGAAUCAUGAAAUAACCUGCAUUGAGGCUAUAAUCAAAUAAGUGAUUUGUUACCAUAUCAUUUAAUAACUUUUAAGUACAAUUUGAAACUCUUUUUGACUUCUUUUAAAUUCAGCUUUGUGGAUUUAAACUGAUAAAAGUCAGAUGGUUUACUUUUAAAAAGAGAUUUUUUGCGGAGAUUGAGUAGUGUUGCGGCCAUGUUUAAGACAAGUUAUGCUGAGAAAACCUUUUAAUUAAUUUCACAUGGUCUUCGUAAGGAUUAUACAGCGAUGUUUUCUAAAUCAUAAGUUUAAUACGAAAGUUUAACCUUUGGUGUUUUGGCAUAUCUUACCUUUGAAUUUCUAACUUGUUGUAGGUUGUACAUAUGACUGCUUUUUUUACAUGCAUUUGGACAUGCAUUUGAUACAUUUUGACCCAUUGGAUUGAUAGCUUAAUUUUUUAAUCUUAAAGCCUUUGCCAGCUUGGAAGUAAUAUACUAUCCAUAAAAACUAGAGCAGGCAUAAAUCAUGAACUAUGGAAAACACAGAGUCCAUUGGUAAUUACUUGAUACAUAAUCCAAUCAAAAUCCAUUUCAGAUCUUCAUUUCAGUUCUUACUGUUUUUGUAUAUUUCACGCAAUUUUCGCUCGGAAAAUUUGGUGAAAAAGCAGGCGAUGUUUUUAGAUUAUCACUCUUCUGCCUGAUAUUGCAAAUUUAGUGUAAAAAGAACCUCCGAAACACAAAAACUAGAACACCAUGAAAUUCAUAUUCUGUUACACCCCUUCACUCUGUCUAAACUUUUCCUUUUGCCAAAUUAAUUAAACAGCUGUUGAA